UAUUCUUGUGACAAACAUCAACGGCAGGAGUGAGCUGUCAUUCCUGUUUUGAUAGCUGACUCGAACGGCCGUUUACUCUUAUCAUCAGUUUCAUUGCUGACUUGUCUGCCUCGUUUCUCUUCGAACUUGAGAAAUUUGCGAGAAAGAAGUCUCCGUGAACUUUUAUUUUUUGAUGACAUUUGGUAGGAGAGGAAUCAACGAUUGAUUAGCCUAUCAAUAUUCCGUGAAUAACAGAAUGGUGACUUUGCAAUAUUCAGUGUUUUAAAACAAAGAGUUUGUUGAAAUACCACAUCGUGAAGAGAGAAUGUCGAGAAUUGAUUUUAUGGGGUUUAAGUGAAAUAGAGACUAUUUUCAUCCAACUUUUUUCUACAAAACGUCAACAAAGUUCUUGACAAGUUUCGUCUAAAGCUUUGCGCAUCUGACGAACGCUGAUAAAAGUUAAAAGUAUAACAAUUACCUAAUAUAUAACAUUCGAACUUCCCAAGAACAACAACGCCAGCAAUAGAAAAGCAGAACCAUCAGGCCGACAAUCCAAAACCAGAAAGAACCUUAAAAAAAAAAAUCCGUAGAAAAUCCCAGCAAAAGAGACGCUGCCCACGCGCGCCCCCCGCCUGCCCAGGGAACCAGCACCAGCCUAGAACCAUGUACGGCCUGGAGAACGUGAACCUCGAGGCGGUGAACCGGCAGUGGAUGAACUCGCCAGGCUACGCGGACUGGGACAACGCCUCCACCACUUCUGCGGCGUCCUCCUGCAGCGGCAGUGGGGAUCCUUGGGCGCCGUGGCCGUCCCCGGAGAAGUCGACGCAGCUCGACAACUCCCUCGUGGCGUCUCACCUGCGGGAAAACCGGCGGCGGCGUCGGGUCUGCCCCUUGGCCCAGGUGCGGCAGCGGCAGGCGGCUAACAUGCGGGAGCGCCGGCGUAUGGCCUCAAUCAACGACGCUUUCGAGGGCUUGCGAGCUCAUAUCCCGACCAUGCCUUAUGAGAAGAGGCUGUCGAAGGUGGACACGCUGAAACUGGCCAUCGGGUACAUCUCCUUCCUCGGCAACAUGGUACAGACCAACUCUAAUCUCCAGGCUGAGAACACGGCAGCCAAUAACACGAACAAUAAUAACAACAACAAAGUGGUGGUUAAAAGCAGCAUCGAUACAUAUACGAGCGCGGCGACAGGUAUGACCCACACCUUCACGGAGCUGUCGUGGGCGCCCGAGCGGCAGGAAGUCGUGAAUGGGCGUGUAGCCACCUCCCUCUGGACGCCCACGGGGACGUCGGCCAACUGAAGAAGUAAACAGCGAGAGGAGAGGAAGGGGAAGAGGGAGGAAAUGAAGAGAGAGAAGGGAAGGAAUUUCGAAGGAUGGGGGAGGGGGGAGUACAAGGCGAAAUGAGAUAUGAGGGGAAAAAGAUGGACGAGGAUAUAAUGGGAAAUAAGAAGAGAAAAGGGACGAUGGAGAUGGAAGAGAGAAAGAAAGUGAAAUGAAAGGAAGGGAAUGCAGAGAUGAGAAGAAAAAUAAUUCCGAAAAAGGCUGUAUACCAAAGAGGAAAACGAACAAAAAUUGAGUCUUUAUUUUGUAAUUAUGGAGUGUAUUUGUCUUGGAGUGUAAAGCGAGGAAAAAUGAACUGAUAUCUUAUCUAACGUGAGAAUAACUACAUUCAAGUGGAAAAAUCAUGAUAAGAUAAGUUGAUAGAUCUCGUACAUCUAUCUUUAACUCUGCCAUCUGAAUAGCCUCAUAUGAUCUUCACCCUGUAACAAAAUUCGGAAAAUCCUAGUCAGUGAAAACUUUAUCGAGUUUCUUGCUCCUGUUGGCUUGCAGUUUAAAAGCAUUUCCUUUACCUCUCUCUUACGAUAUAAAAAAAAAAAAUGAAAAUCAAAUUGCGCACCUAGUCAGCUAUCCAGAGUAGGACUUAGAAUAUUAGCAUGUAGAGAGCAUUUGAAAUAAAUCUAGUCUCCCACGCAUUACUCUCUCGUACGGCAUAAUAAAUAAAAUAGUGUACGUUGCUGUUUCCGUUUUCUGUUAAGCCGUUUUCAUUUUCAUUAAAUAAACCGAGUAUUUAUCUAAAAGUAAAAAAAAAAGGGAUAUAUGCUUUAAAAGUGCUUUGGAAAACGCUAAUGUUAUCUUACGACAUCUAUAUUUAAAGAAAAUGAGAGUGUAAUCAAUUCAGAUUUUACUACAUAUAUUUUGACAGCGACGUUUUUACACCAGUUACACAAAUUCAAAAUACUCUUUCAUAUGUAUAUAUCGUUGGUCAUCGUUUUAAUUUCCCACAACAUGUAUGUGUGUGUAUAAAACUUUACGUUAUGAUCGUUCUCUAUAGUGACGCUGCUUUCUCUAUAGAAAACGGGAAAUAUGUGUACUUAUGUAAGAUGUUCACUUCUUAUAUAAAUUAUACGCUGAUUUGUGAUAUGAUGAAAGUGGCGCAAGAGCUUAUGUAAACUUUAGGUCAUUAUUUCUUUAUACUGAAUGUUAUUCCAUUCAUUCGUGCAUAAUUCUAGACACGUUUGUAGUCAUGUGUACACUGUGAGUUCACACACACACACACACGCACGCACAUGCGCACACACACACACACACACACACACACACACACACACACACACACACACACACAC